GAACAGCUGCUUCCUCCACACCGGCUUUACGCACCGGCCAUGCUUCUGACGCACAGGUGAACCACAUCCACCACAACUCAGCAGGGGGAACUGUUGACUCCAAGAGCAACUCAAACUCCUGUCUGCUCCGCAUUGCCCUCCUCUUGCCAAGUCCCCUGCAGCCGGCCAGGUUAGCGGAGCCAUGUCGAGGAAGAAGGCGGUGAAGGGGAAGCGGAGCUCCGGGAGCCCCAAGCCGUCUCCGGGCAGCGGGCGGGCGGGGAAGGUGCUGGCCGCCGCCGGCGCUCCGUCCUCCGGGCUGGUCUACCCCAGCAGACCGUCCAUCAGCAACAGCGGGGAGUUCUACGAUAUAGCCUUUAAGGUGAUGCUGGUGGGGGAUUCAGGUGUGGGAAAGACCUGUCUGCUGGUUCGCUUCAAAGACGGAGCCUUUCUAGCCGGGAGCUUCAUCUCCACUGUGGGCAUUGACUUCAGGAAUAAAGUUAUGAGCAUCGAUGCGGUAAAGGUCAAACUCCAGAUUUGGGACACUGCCGGUCAGGAGCGUUUCCGGAGCGUCACACAUGCUUACUACCGCGAUGCCCACGCUCUUCUCCUCCUAUAUGAUGUCACCAACAGAACAUCCUUUGACAACAUCAAGGCAUGGCUGACAGAGAUUCACGAGUAUGCCCAGCAAGAUGUGGUUGUCAUGCUGCUGGGCAACAAGGCCGACUCGACGCACGACCGGGUGGUGAAGCGAGAAGAAGGGGAGAGACUGGCAAAGGAGUUUGGAGUACCCUUCAUGGAGACGAGUGCUAAAUCUGGACUGAACGUGGAGCUGGCCUUCACUGCUGUGGCCAAAGAACUGAAGCACAGGGCCAUGAAGGAACCCGAUGAGCCCAAGUUUCAGCUCCAACAGUACGUCGACAAAGAAAUGAGGACCGUUGGCUGCUGCCACUCGUAGACCACGCCGUAUGUGCGUGUCUGCAUGUGUAUGUGGGUUUGUGUGAUGAAGAGAGAGAGGGGAAACAGAUAUGUUGUACUAGACUAGACGAAAAAUCUAGAGUCUGUGCGAACCUGGGGACAUUCCUAGGAUUUAGAAGUGGUUGUAAUAUUUCUCUGUGGAUGUACGGCAAAUGUGCUCUCUCACCUGUCCUCUGCAACUGUGAAUGUAAUAUAACUCCCAUCCACAUGCUUGCACAUACUCAUGCAUGUAUGCACACAAACACACACUGACAAAUCGUCCCCUCCACAGCCUGAUCAGUUCAUACCGUGCAGUUUCCCAUAAGUGAUGUACAUAUUUUAUAUAGAUUUUGUUUUCUGGAAGCUUUGCAGUUUGUAUAAGCCAGUCUUGUUGAAACAAAAAUAUGUGGACUAAUCGGUUUGUGACGGUAACCAAAGGAACAGGUCUUGGCAACACUUUUCGAAAAAUUCCCUGAUUGUUCAACAGUACACCGUGCUGUUAAAAAUCAGGAUAUCGUAUUGUUUAGUAGUGUCUGUAAAACCCGGUGUGAGAUUCUAAUCUUUUAUAAAUGGUUCAUUUUAAGUUUGAGUUUAAAGGUGGGUGGUAAUUAAGUGACUAUUUUAGAUGGAUAAAAGUACAUCAUCAGCAAAAGGUUUCACUCUUUUACACAUUUUCAUAGUAAUAACUUGCUUCCAAGCCCAGAGAGGGAUACAUUCCUCCAGAAUCUUCUCCAACAUUUAACAUUUUUUCCAAACAUGAAAUCCAUCAAGGAUACGUUUUAUUUUUUGGAACAAAAAGUGCGAUCUCUCUGGAAAUCGGGUCUAAACCGCACUAAAAACCUAAGAUAGUGAUUCUGUAUUAGUAAGUUUUCUUUUAAAAAUCCAAAGUUUAAUGCAAAAUACUUUUUUUCUGUCUUCCUCAGCUAAUCCAGUCAGUCUGAACGAGCAGACUGGAACAAUGUAAUCUCCUUAUACUUUUAGUGUAGGAUUUAGGGAAAACCACUGGCAGAAAUGUAAUUAUGAAAAAAUGUUUGAAGUACUUCAUUAUAUAAAUACAAAUUUCUGUCAAUCCCCCCCAAAAAAAUCCAUCAAAUUUCUCAAGAUAAUGGGUCAGCUUACUUCCAGCAUGUUUUCACUCGGACUGAUACAACUUAACCUUCACGUCAGUGAGACCCAUUCGUCACCAAGUAUAACUUUGACGGGCUUCGUGAAGCAGGUAGUUCAGUUAGUUGCAAUCUGCAACUUCACCAGUAGAUGCCACUAAAUCCUUUUCUGUGUUUUUGAAUUCGGUGUGAUUCAUUAAAAUCAUGAAAUUUACUUAAAAGUGCCAUAAACACUGAAUUUUGCUCAUGAUGUCACAGUUUCCUUUUUUUAAAUAAAAAAAAAAAAAAAACAUUUUGCAGCAUGUAAAAUAAGCACAGCAGGCUUCUGGACCUUUUCAUUCCACCAUAUACAAGUAUUGCAAUAAUUAGAUAAAAGCAGAUAUUCAAAAUAUCAUUCUUAACUUUCAAUCCAUGUCAUGUAGAUCAGAGCAUUGAAUUGCAGUGUGGUAAUAAAUAGUUCCUCAACUCUGACGAACAUAUUGCUGAAUUGUUUGCGUCAUCUUACCACGGCCGUUGCUUUCUUACAGUACUUACUUGGUGGACAGAAGUGAACUCUUGCUGAAUCAUUGUCAGAUUAUCAUCCAAACACCCAAGAAGGCUAGAGGUCAGUGUUGAGUUGAGGGAGAUGCUCUGCUGUCUUUUGUUGAUUUGAAAGUAGAUUUCCAGCAGUUGUUUUUGAACCCAUAAACCAGCUCUACUUUUUUUCCCUUAAUUGGAAGAAACACCUUUUUUUUUUCGUCAGAUGCUUUUUCAAAGAUGAUUACAUACUAUUUUCAGUAAUGUUUUGUUUAUCAGGAAAAAAACACUGUAUUUGUAAGAAUUGUACUAUAGAACGUACAUUUUCAUAAUAAAUGAUAAAGUGUCAUUAACUUGUAC